CGACUGGUCAAUAGAAACUGCACUUUGUUUUUGCACAACAGGCUCCAUUAGUUGACAUGCUAAGUGGUGUAAAUAAAUGGUUUCAUACUUUGCAUUUGAGUCCACAUUACGUAAGAAGUUAUUACUGACUCGGGUGGUUAUAACGUCAAAUUAUCUUGUUAUCUAUUGGCAAGAUGGCAACCACCGAUGCAAGCGUCGUGGAGGACAAUUUGACGUCGUCUUAUUCAGACUACAGUCUCCUUGGCGCAUUCUCGCACCCUUUACACAUCGAGAUUGCCAUUUCUACGAUUGUAUGGCUCAUGUGCUUUUUAGCGGUGUUUGGUAACAUUCUGAUCUUCGUAGUGAUUCUCAAAGACAAGCAGCUGAGGUCUAAUGUAGCCAAUAUGUACAUUCUGAACCUUGCCAGCGCAGACUUAUGUGUUGGUAUCAAUUCUCUAACAAUGAACAAUAUUUGGCGGUAUACCGGCAACUGGCCCUUUCAGCGAGCCGUGUGCACCUUCUGGACUGUCCUGGAUUAUUCGGCGUGCAUGCAGGGCGCCUUCGCAGUGACACUCAUCAGUCUUGAUCGUUACUUCAUGGUGACCAAAUUCCUGGAGUAUCGGAAGUAUCAGAGCAAGAAACUUGCUUGCGGUCUUAUAACAGGUACCUGGACGCUCGCGUUGCUAGUCAAUGCUCUGCCAAUUUUAGGCAAUGACCUAUGGCCCAAUGCUAGAGCCUUUGGUAAGGUUAAUCACUCAGUUAUCUGCGAUUUCGGCGUGCUAAACAUUCUUUCCUUUAACAUUGCACAGAUAGUUGUAGGGUUCUUUGCCCCGGCAAUCAUCUUAGCCUGCUUUAAUUUUAAGGUGUAUGCCAACAUCCUCAAGCGCUCUAAAGGUUUGGUUCGCACGGCAGUUUCUCCAAUGCAGCUAAAUACGGCCCACCCACCAGCAGAGCCCAGUGCUAACACUAAUUCAUCAGCCAACAUCACUUCCCGAGACACUAAGAGAACCUACAAAAAACACCGGAAGGCCGCGGCGAGACUUGCCCUUAUCGUGGGCAUGUUUUCCAUCUGCUGGAUCCCCUACUACGUCUUGCAGUUCCUAUUUAUCGUCGACAAGAUCAAGUUCAGCUGGUUGCUGUGGAAUGGUGUCUACUACACCGUGUGGGUCAACUCGGCGAUCAACCCGUUCAUCUACGCAGCCACAUGCUCCAAGAUCAGGCGGCGUUUGGUAGAAGCUCUGUGCUUUUGGAACCAUCGAAUUCUGCGGCGAACUCGCUAAAAAUAUUGCGUACAAGGAAGGCAAUAGACCCCACACAUGAUGACCCCAAGAACCUUGUUUCCUUGUACUUUUAAGUGUACUUGCUGGUUACAUAUUGAAGUUCUUCGUAAGUGAAUUAAUCAAUUGCGUUUGUUAUUUUGCGCACCUGCACAUGUUUUUUAGUACAAACUGAUUCACGAAAUAAUAAGAUUCACAUUCAUUUACUCACGUCUUAUAUGAGGUGUGUUUGCAUAGUUCGUGUCGAACGUUUUACUCGGAGACUUUGUAAAUUUUAAUAUUUUUGGGGUAGUAAUUGUUGACAGUUAUCUUUGAUAUAGUCCUACCAUAAUUGCAUGAUCUGAGAUGGCAUUUUUCAACGUUAAAAAUGUAUUGCAAACAAAAUUGGUUGUUGUCCAAACUAGUAUUUAUCGAUCACUUAAAGGGUAUAUGACAUGCAUUUUUGUUAGAAACAUAUUUCGUGCAAUUUUCCACUCCUCUUAAAUGGAGUGGAGUGCUGUGGCCUCGUGGUUAAGGGCAUUGGAUUCG